GAGAAAAACAAGAAAAGGAAAGAGAGAGAGGCUGAUGUGUAUCACCACCCCUGCAUCCCGCGAUGAAGCUCUCGGUUGAUGGGGUGAGCCUCCGGUGGUGGGCACGCACAGGGCUCCUCAUGUCGGCAUCUUUUAUGGCCCAGUUCACGCCCUUUUCAUGUCCGUCGUGCCCAUCUUGGUUUUCUGCACGCUAUCCCUGAUGACUUCAUCUUCUGUGCAGGUGAAAUUAUGGGGGGUGGUCAUGAACCCCUUCCCCAGACAAGCUCUGGGGGCCCCUUGGCAAUGGACGUUGUACUUAUUGGAGACUCUGGAGUAGGCAAGAGUAACCUUCUGUCUCGAUUCACUCGCAAUGAGUUUAACUUGGAAAGCAAAAGCACCAUUGGAGUAGAGUUUGCAACAAGAAGCAUUCAAGUUGAUGGGAAGACAAUAAAGGCUCAGAUAUGGGACACAGCAGGGCAGGAGCGAUACCGAGCUAUAACAUCAGCGUACUAUCGCGGAGCUGUAGGGGCAUUAUUGGUGUAUGACAUUGCUAAGCACCUUACUUACGAGAAUGUAGAGCGAUGGUUGAAAGAGCUGAGAGACCAUGCUGACAGCAAUAUUGUAAUCAUGCUGGUGGGAAACAAGAGUGACUUGCGCCACCUGAGAGCAGUCCCUACGGAUGAGGCCAGAGCUUUUGCAGAGAAGAAUGGUUUGUCAUUUAUUGAGACGUCUGCUUUAGACUCUACAAAUGUGGAAGCAGCUUUCCAGACUAUUCUGACAGAGAUCUACCGUAUUGUUUCCCAGAAGCAAAUGUCCGACAGACGUGAAAACGAUAUGUCUCCAAGCAACAACGUGGUUCCCAUUCACGUCCCUCCAACCACUGAAAACAAACCAAAGAUGCAGUGCUGUCAGAAUAUAUAGAGCUGUUUCAUUCUUUCCUAAAAGGCUGUGUAUAUUCCCCAGGUCCAAGAUUUAAAUAUAUUUGUAAUUCUUGUGGUUACUUUCUUGUGUUUAGUUACUGCUUACUCCUGACUUUCUCCAUGUCUUAAACACUUUGAUUUCAGUGGUUAUAAAUCUAUUGCUUCUGUGUGGCUGCAGUAUUUUCCCAACACCGACUUGUCGGUUUUGGUUCAGUAAAUUGUUUGGAACUGAUCUGGUCUCUUUCCAACAGGAUGCCCGCUAGUCAGAGCGCAGACACCUUUAGUGAGCCCUUGAAGACGUCGUUCUGCUCCUCGCCAAACAAUUAGGUUAACUAGAAAAGUAUCUCUGGGCAGGAUAAUCUUUCCUUGUCUUACGGUUUUGUAUACUGCAUCUAAAGCUUGAUGAAAUGCCCGUUACUCUGAAGUGCAAUUUUAAUGUAAGUUAAUGUUUAUGGCUACAUCUUCAGAUUGUCAUGUUGAGGAUUUUUUUUUUUUUUAAUAGAAUAUUAUGGGGGAGAAAAGAGAAUUUCUUGCAAGCAAGCAGCAGGGUUCUUGCUACCUGUGAAUGAGCUUUUGCGGUGCGGCACCUGCUGCACAGGAGGUUGUGACGUGAGGCAGGGCUGCUGGGCGGCUGGCCGGGGGGACGCCGGCGGGGCUCCGCUCGAGGUGCCUCUUGCGAAGAACACAGACGUGUGAGCAGUGUAACUGGCGCAGGCUCACUCUCACAUUGGAACCUGCAGCACAUCGUUGUGCUGCCCGAGGCUUGGCCUCCACGGUGCCGGUGGUAUCAGGAUUUGAGGAUGCCUAUUUUUCUUUCAUGGCACACAGACUUGAAGGGGGUUGGCACAUAUUACCCAUCACAUUUAUUAAUACACACCACCUAUAUUAAUACAUUCAAAUGCUUGAAUUGAUGGAUCAUCAACUUCCACAACCUGGCCUUAGUUUUCAGUUCUGUUUCAUCUGGUGUUUUUAAAUUAUUCCAGUGGUUUGGUAUAUGUUCUAGAACAAAGCCAUCUGGAGUAGUUUUCUUACUUGGAUGCCUUCCUCCUGUGGUCUGUCGCUCCGUCCAAAUCAUCCGGUCUAGUAGCUUGUUCAGGGAAACAUGAACUGUGCCUUCUGUCACUGCACUCUGAAACCACUGCGUAUCACUCGGUGUGUACGAUUCCCAAACACGUCAUUAAGCUGGAGAUUUGGGGGCUAUAGGCACUGAAUUUCUACGGUAUUCAAAAGAACUGUUUGUUGUAUAAAUGCCUGCAGUUAUCUAUACAAUUACAGGGAAGUAGCUGAUUGCAGGGGACGUUUCUCAAACUCUGAUACGACCCACUUGGAACAUCCAAAUCUGGGUAGGCACUACCAGCUGCGUUUCGUACCCAACCUUUCUGUCUUGCGGUGCUCAUGAUGUGUAAGGCACACGGAAGGCAUUGCUGUAGUCGGUCACUUUUUUUUUUUUUAAAUCCAUUUCUCCUCCUAGUAUCACUUCUGAAGAUGCUAUUUUGAUCUGUUUGUAAAUUACUUUGUAUUUUAUGCAUGUACUGUACCUUGAUUCAUUAUUUUUUUAGAUUGAUUUAAAAUAUAUUCAUCCAUGAUUCUAAUAAAGAAUUACAGGGGACGACUCAUUAUGGUGUUGGGUGCACUUUUUGGGAGAACUGGGAUUUUUUUACUUCCUGGAAGCUUGCAGGCUUCUUGGAACAGGCUGUGAGAAGACGCUGAAGUGGAAGUACCCCCAGAAAAGGAACCGAAAGGGUUGUGCAACACCCUUGCCUCCUUCACUCAGGCCAGGCCUGCAGCUUUUUGAGCCUGCUGCAGUUCAUAGUCCAUGACAGUUUUGCAGCUUUGGGAGGCUUUUAUGCUCUGAAAGGUCUGGGUUUGCUCUAGUCAGACCUCUGAACGGCUUUUACAAACCUGUUUUGUGG